GGGACCCAAGGAGGUGGGGAGAUCAGUCUCUCUGCUCCCUACUGGGCUCCACGGAGCCUCCAGGACUCUUCCUUUCUCUCCUUCACACAUUAUUUUGGGGACCGAGUGGCAAAAACUUCUCCCAAAUGAAGACAGCUCACCUGCUAGUCGUGGGGGUCUAUCUGCUGACCUCCUGCAAGGCAGAAGAUGGACUGAACUUUCCCAUAUAUGACGGGAAGGACCGCGUGGUGAGUCUCUCUGAGAAGAACUUCAAGCAGACUUUGAAGAAAUAUGACUUGCUCUGUCUCUACUACCACGAGCCGGUGUCUUCAGAUAAGGUCGCCCAAAAGCAGUUCCAACUGAAAGAGAUUGUGUUGGAGCUUGUGGCCCAGGUCCUGGAACAUAAAGAUAUAGGCUUUGUGAUGGUGGAUGCCAAGAAAGAAGCCAAGCUUGCCAAGAAACUGGGUUUUGAUGAAGAAGGGAGCCUAUAUAUUUUGAAGGGUGAUCGCACAAUUGAGUUCGAUGGCGAAUUUGCAGCUGAUGUCUUGGUGGAGUUUCUCUUGGAUCUAAUGGAAGACCCAGUGGAGAUCAUCAACAACAAGCUGGAAGUUCAAGCCUUUGAGCAUGUUGAGGACAAGAUCAAACUCCUUGGAUUUUUCAAGAGCGAGGACUCAGAAUAUUACAAAGCUUUCCACGAGGCUGCUGAACACUUCCAGCCUUACAUCAAGUUUUUUGCCACCUUUGACAAAGGGGUUGCAAAGAAACUGUCCUUGAAGAUGAAUGAAGUCGACUUCUAUGAGCCAUUUAUGGAGGAGCCCAUUGCCAUUCCCAACAAACCUUACACAGAAGAGGAGCUUGUGGAGUUUGUGAAGGAGCACCAAAGACCUACUCUACGCCGCCUGCGCCCAGAAGAUAUGUUCGAAACAUGGGAAGAUGAUUUGAAUGGGAUCCACAUUGUGGCCUUCGCAGAAAAGAGUGACCCAGAUGGCUACGAGUUCCUGGAGAUCCUCAAACAGGUUGCCAGGGACAACACUGACAACCCUGACCUGAGCAUUGUAUGGAUCGAUCCUGACGACUUUCCUCUGCUCACUGCUUACUGGGAGAAGACUUUCAAGAUUGAUCUGUUCAAGCCACAGAUCGGGGUGGUAAAUGUGACAGAUGCUGACAGUGUCUGGAUGGACAUUCCAGAUGAUGACGACCUGCCCACAGCCGAGGAGCUGGAAGACUGGAUUGAGGAUGUGCUUUCUGGAAAGAUCAACACUGAAGAUGAUGACAAUGAAGAUGAAGAUGAUGAUAAUUAUAACGACGACGAUGACAAUAACUCUGAUGAGGAGAGUAAUGAUGACAGUGAUGAUGAUGAUGAUGAAUAGCUCUGUAUGCAAAUGAUUCUGAUGGAGGGCUGGUGGUGGGGCUCAAGUGGUAGAGUGCCUGCCUAGCAAGUGCAAGGCCCUGAGUUCAAACCCCAGUACUGCCAAAUGAUUCUGUUGGAAACAAAAUGACAGCUACCCACUACCACACAGACAGCCUAAGGUGACAGCAAGCAACCCUGCCCACACCUAGCCAGCUCCUUUCCUUUUCCAGCACCUCUUCCCACUCUGUUCUCAUCAGGAGCAGUACAAUUCAGCAGAUGCCUUUCUAAGUCCAGCAAUCCCACUCAGCAGGGACAGGAGGGGAAUGUUCCAUGUUGACUUGUGUUGACUGUCAUGGAACAGUUCUUGUUCUUUGUUAACAGUCAGGGGUUGUGGCAGAGCUGGCAUCAAGCAGUCUGGGGACAGUCAUCCCCUAAGACCUCUACUCAAGUUUACCUGUUGUCUUUGACUACGACAGUAACAGAAUGGACACCUUGCUAAUUCACAGUACAGAGUAACUUUUCCUCCCGUUAAUCAAUUCGACCCCCAUACCUAGAACUCAGACCCAGGGCUUCAGAUGAUUAUUGAGAGGCCUUGUAACGUGUGUAGGUGUCAUUGUCAUGUCUAACAUAUUAGAAUACUAGGGUAAGAGGGUGAUUUGUUCUGUGAACUUCUUGCUAGGUGACAAGUCUCACAUAUCCACCAGCAGUGGGGCAGAGAGGGGAGACUGAAGGACUACAGGUUUUUAGUUUUUCUGACAGAACGGGUUCCUGUCUCUGAACGGGUCAGCUGGCCUCCUGGCCUGAGCUGGGAACUGAAUAGCCCUUCUCUGUCGCUGCUAGUGAGUGUUCAGUUUUGAAUUAAAGGUUGCUUUAUCUAGUGGUCAAUUAACUCUCCAUUUAUCAGAAUGUCCACAGUUGACCAGGGCAACAAUAAUUAGAACUCAUAAUGAUGCCCUGAGGCACUGAAAAAAACUCCUAAGUGCCUUUCAAGCUGUCUGAAAGUUACAUUGUGCUUUGUAGUUUCAGUAUUAAAGUGAUCUAAUUUAUUUUCUCAAUCUGUUAACACAUAUAAGACACUGCAAUU